AGUGUGGCCAGCUCAGCAUUUUUGAUUUGCAAAGCUGACUUGAUUUUUCUCUUUUGACACCCUACACACUCGUCACGCGGCAGACUGAGAUUUUGGCACAAAUAUGGGAAAUACGGACUCGAAAUUAAAUUUUCGUAAGGCAAUUGUCCAGCUGACGCAGAAGAAUCAGAAAGUUGAUCCAAACGAUGAGCAAUUCUGGGAGCAAUUUUGGCAAGGACAUCAGACGACUAUGGAGGAUGUAUUUGCCCUGGUUACGUCCAAUGAGAUACGCCAGAUAAGGAACGAGAAUCCAGCAAAUUUGGCUACAUUAUGCUACAAGGCAGUGGAAAAACUGGCCCAAGCGGUGGACAGUAGCUGUCGCACCCAAACAGAGCAGCAAUCUGUCCUGAACUGUGUCCGGCUAUUGACACGUUGUUUACCUUACAUUUUCGAGGAUGAGAAGUGGCGAGAAUUCUUUUGGAGUAGCCUGCCCUCGACACAGGAGAAAACUAUGCCAUUGGCUCAAUCUUUGUUGAAUGCCAUUUGCGAUUUACUUUUCUGUCCCGAUUUCACGGUCACAUCGUCGACAAGACGAGCGGGUCCCGAGAAGGCCGAAGAGCUGGCUAAUUUAGAUAGCUGUGAGUAUAUUUGGGAAGCUGGAGUGGGAUUUGCUCAGUCGCCACCAAAGAAUGCCCAGAUGGAACGACGGCGAACGGAGUUGUUGAAGCUGCUGCUCACCUGCUUCUCGGAGCCGAUGUAUCGAUCACCGCAACAGUCGGAGGAGCCAAAUAAGUGGAUUGCCUAUUUUACCUCUGCCGACAAUCGCCAUGCUCUGCCCCUGUUCACCUCGUUUCUGAACACAGUGUGCUCCUAUGACCCAGUUGGGUUUGGUGUUCCCUACAAUCAUCUGAUCUUUGUGGACACCACCGAACCCCUGGUGGAGGCUUGUUUGCAGCUUCUCAUAGUGACUUUGGAUCAUGACAUGGUGAUGCAUCAGCAACAGCAACAGCAAUUGCUGCUCAAUCAAUCUCAAUCUGGUUUGGCCUCCUAUGAAGAGGCAAAUUGUGGUGACAAUUUAUUCAUUAACUAUUUGUCCCGUGUCCAUCGUGAUGAAGAUUUUCAUUUUGUUCUCAAGGGUAUUACCCGCCUGCUCAAUAAUCCACUCGUUCAGAAUUAUUUGCCCAAUUCGACGAAGCGUCUGCAUUGCCAUCAGGAGUUGCUGAUUUUGUUCUGGAAGAUAUGCGACUACAAUAAAAAGUUUUUAUAUUUUGUUCUUAAGAGUUCCGAUGUCUUGGAUAUACUCAUACCGAUCCUGUAUCAUUUAAACUAUUCGCGAGCGGAUCAAUCACGCGUCGGACUAAUGCAUAUUGGGGUUUUUAUACUCUUGCUGCUGUCGGGCGAACGGAACUUUGGUGUGCGAUUGAAUAAGGCUUACUCGGCCACUAUUCCCAUGGAUAUUCCAGUUUUCACUGGCACCCAUGCAGAUCUACUAAUUACGGUUUUCCAUAAGAUUAUAGCCACGGGUCAUCAACGUUUGCAGCCACUUUUCGAUUGUCUCCUAACCAUAUUGGUGAAUGUGUCGCCCUAUUUGAAGACUUUGUCCAUGGUGGCGAGUGUUAAGCUAUUGCAUCUAUUGGAAGCUUUUAGCACUCCAUGGUUUCUGCUCUCCGCCCCUAGUAAUCAUCAUUUGGUCUUCUUUCUAUUGGAGAUCUUCAACAACAUCAUUCAAUAUCAGUUUGAUGGCAACUCGAAUCUAGUCUAUACCAUAAUACGGAAAAGGCAUGUAUUCCAUGCCAUGGCCAAUCUGCCCACAGAUAUGGCUGGCAUUGCAAAGUGCUUGAGUGGCAGAAAAACUGGAGGAAAGUUUAAUUUACCACGUGUGCCGCAACGCAAAUUGGCAGCAUCAAAUUCGUAUUCGUCCCAGGAGUUACCCUCUGCUCAGGUGCCGGAUGAAUACGCCGAAGAAGACGAUCAAGAAGAACAGGAAGAAGAUGAUUUCGAAGGCGAAGAUGAGGAGGCUAAGGCUGAAGAGGAUUUUGAGUCGAAAACCGAUAUUGACAGGGUAACGCCGCAAUUACCGGUGGCGGCAGUAGAGGUGCCCACAGCCCAACCAGCUGAGCCUGGGACCUUGAAGACCUCUUUACUGGACACGCCCGGCAUUGGACAGAUGACAGAAAGGGAACAGGCCCAUCCCACUGACAAAGAAGAGCCACUGGCAACAGAUGUGGUGCCCUAUGAGAAGUCGCCGACACCAGAGCCAAACAAAAGUGGACGCAAAUCUACAUCACCAACUGAUCAAACGCGUCUCUCGGUGUCCCAUCGAGCCAGUAUACGCAUGGUACCCGGCGAUGGGGAUCGCUGGACACCAACUCCCGAAUGGAUUGUGUCCUGGCGUUCAAAACUCCCACUGCAGACAAUAAUGCGACUGCUGCAGGUACUUGUGCCGCAGGUGGAGAAAAUUUGCAUCGAUAAGGGCUUGACUGAUGAAUCAGAAAUUUUGAAAUUCCUACAACAUGGCACACUGGUUGGACUUUUGCCUGUGCCCCAUCCCAUUUUGAUAAGGAAAUAUCAGGCCAAUGCCGGCACAACCGCCUGGUUCCGCACCUACAUUUGGGGCGUAAUCUAUUUACGAAAUGUAGAGCCAGCUAUUUGGUAUGACACCGAGGUGAAGCUUUUUGAGAUUCAACGUGUUUAAGUCUAGUAAGUGGUCACAAACCAGCAACAACAACGUAGUCCAAAACGCUUUCGGCAUUUAAUUUGUAGUUAAUUUAUUUAGUGUAUAUUUCAUUACAUUCAUUCCAAAAGUCUUUGUAUGUAAAACCCAAACAAGAGAAACGUAUCCAUCUUUAUAGACCCUUUUUCCAUAUGUUAGCUUAUCGAUCUAUGCGUAAUCAAGAAGGAGAGAAUGGGUGUAGCUGAACCCCAAGAAACGA